GCAUUAAUCUCGUCUGCUGUGAUCAGGUCCGGGCAUUAGGAGUUGCAGAAGUAGCGGAUUUAAAAACUUUCUGUCUGCAAGUCUGUUCGUCGAAAUAGCACUUGAUGAAGAGUCCCUGAGUGUGAAAAGGGAAAAUAUGGCUUUUUAAACAGUGGCUGUCUCCUUCCUCACCGUCCAGCUCCGCGUGCUUUGCUCCCGCAACGCACCACAAGACUAUUCAGAAACUAUGGGGUCUUCAGGUGUUUCCACAAUUCUUUCAUCCACCCAGUGCACGGUUUGUGCUUUUGAACAAUUUAAUCGACGCAGACGACACAAUGGCGGCAUCGAUCCUUCGCAGGAAAAUUCCUCCCAUUUCCACAGGCGAGCUCGGCGCUCCCCCUCUCCGACAGGCUAGCCACAGCCAAUCACGGCCCAGGUCGGGGGCGGAGCCAGCGGAGAGGCAGCACUUAAUUGGUGAUGGUCACUCAGAUUGGAUGACGGAAAAAGUUGAUUUGUCUUCAUUUGUGUCGACGACCGAGUCUUCUCCCAGCUCAUCCCUUCCACCCUCGCCGUUAGAACAAGAUGUCAAGGUGCCCUCGGAUCUGGAGGUCAUGACCUCUCUACUGCAGGAGGAGCUGGCUCAGCUGGAGGACUACUUCCGCUCCGAGUCCACAUCCACAACAAACAAGUUGGAGAAAUCCUCAAAAUGUGACAAGGGUGCUCAAGCCAUGGGCUCCCAGUCUUAUUAUCAGUUACCCUAUGGCUCGUAUGGGACCAGCCAAUCAGAAACCAGCCCUGUGGUUGUUACCUUGGCAACAGGGGAACUGGACCUGGCCAGCUUUUGUGGCGGUCCCAUCGGCAGAACCAAAAUCGCGCGACCCGCUCCGUACAACUACCAUCACCGCUACCACCACAACAACGGGCGAAGAAUCCUCAGUGAGGCGGUGAAAGUCGGGGAGGAAGUUGGACUUGAUACGUGGGGCUCGAGGGGAAGUUACUCAGGAAGCACAGAGUUGUCUGUGAACCACUACUCCACACUGAAGACAGUGAGCAAGAACAGCCUCGGGAGCGUCAAGAAGGUGAGAGAAUGUGCUUUAUCGUUGAAGGAAGAGGAGAGUUAUUGUUUUUCAGAAGGAAUGUUUUGCAGCGAAGAGAUUGCCCGAGGUUUUUGUCUGGGUGGCUCGUACGACAGCCACCACAAGCGAGAGGGACAGUUGAUGCACAACGUGAAGGUCAAUGUAAGUUACGACAGCACGGGGCUCGAGGUCUUGCACUGCAGUAAAGAUGGAGGACUUUCUGGGAGUAUCCCCCAAGAGACAAUGGUGGCCGGUGACGGCUACUUCCACCAGUCCAUGGCCAGCACAGAGCCUUACCAUAGCUUUAUAGGUGACCUAGAUCAGCCGUCACAAGCACAGGCUGUAGAGCCCCAACAUGGCCACUACCUCUAUCCAGAAUGCCUUGCAGACCAAAGCUACGAAUGUCUGUCCAGAGGGGACGGCGAGGGGACGCUGAUGGGCGCCCCAAUCCACCGCCCCACCCAGAGGCUAAAGGAUGAGCCCUGCUCCCUCAAACCAGCUCUGGUGAUGGGCGCCCCUUCUCUGGAAGGCAGCAGUGGAGAGAGGAAGCAGAAGAAGAGAGACCAGAACAAAACUGCUGCACACAGGUACAGGCUGCGUAAGAGGGCGGAGCUGGACUCUCUGGAGGAGGAGCUGCAUGGCCUCGAGGGGCAGAACCGGGAGCUUCGUGACAAGGCGGAGUCGGUGGAGCGCGAGAUCCAGUAUGUCAAAGAUUUACUGAUCGAGGUCUACAAGGCUCGCAGUCAGCGGCUCAAACAGGAUGGCAGUGCCUAAAACGCCCACGCUGACCUCACCUCCGAACCUCCCCGACCAGCACCAAGAGAAAAAUCAAGUCAAGAGCACCAACUGGUUUUUGUCUCACAGGAAUGAAAUGGUAGUUGCAUGAUUUUGGUAGUUCUUUUCUAAAAAAGAGAAAAACAAAAACAACAUAUAAUUGUUUCCAGAGGAUGGUCGAACACAAACACACCUUUCCUAAAGAAAAAAAAAAAAAAAGAAGUUUCCAAAUGGGUGACUAAACUAUAACAAGCCUUAGUGAGGUGGCUCCUAGAGGAGAUGCUGAACUUGUCCGUGACCACUGUGAUCCGAACUGCACUCACAGCCUUGUGAUGACCGAGUUUGCGCUUGCAAUGAUUGAUCGUUUACAAAAUGCUCUUUGAAUUAGUAGUAGUGAUGGAAUUUGCUUGUGGUUUUUGUGACACACACACACACCGGCAGCAUCGAGGCAGAUCCAUGCUAAAUAUAUAUUUUAUUUUAUAUUUUAUUUUUACUUAAUAAUGUUCAUUUAUCAUUUGCUUUAAACAAUCAACUGAAUAAAGGGAUUGCUGGACAAAGUGUGUAACAUGCUCUACAAAUAUUCAUUAUCAGAAACAUUUAGAGAAUUUGUAUUGCUAAAACUGUCGAGUAUUUACACUUCUUUACCCCACCUGAAAUACCCAAUGCAUGUUUGAUUUUGGAAAAAGCAUGUGCGAGUGUUAUUUGAAGGCAAUAUUCUGUUAACUGCAUGGCUUCAAGAUCUCCACCGUCAAUUUAACUGAGUUGACUUUAUUCCUCUCAUCAGCUGGCGACUUUCUCCCCCCUCCGCCGCCGCCGCCGCCAGUGUGAUUCAUGCUCAGGUUUUUGGUUUUCCGCUCUGAGAAACGCAGAAACAUUCACUGGCUUUUUUCCUUUCUCUUCUCUUCUCUCCUCUCUCGGCUGUAUUUUGCGAACAAACAAUCACCUGUUGACGCAACAAUAAAUCGUUGUUGGGUAACGGUACGACUUCAUGGGAAUUUUGUUUUCAAUUGAUCAAUUUGAUGUAUCUGAAAUUCAGGUCCUUUUAAUAAUCGAUGUCAAUGUCAGGAAAUUAUACAUCAGGUAAAUUACAGCCAAAUAAACCAGUUAUGUAGUAUCAUUGAUCUCUGCCUUUGGACUGUUUUUCACUGCAUGCUGCUCAUUAUGCACUCAUCCUGCAGCCAUUCAAACGCCUUGCAACAGCUGUCCAAAUUCCAUGAACUGCACCCAGAUCAGCUCACAGAGAAUAAGAAGAGGGUGGGAUUAAGAGAUAGAGACAGAUGCAGAAUAAACCCACUCCGCCCCUCCCACCCAGUCUGUGCCCUGCCCUGUAACUGCUGGCUCCAGCCCUCUUUUUUGGCUGCAAUGCAGUCAGAGUCCAGGUUAUUUCCCAGGAUUCACCACAGGACGGCAGCACGAGGCACACGGUGGGCUUUGAUUGACACCUGACCACUCUGCAACAAAACCUGUUUCUCCUUUUAGCUUCAGGAGCCAGGAUUGAGUGGAGCUGCUCCAAACAGCCACACAAUAAAGGAAAAUAUGUUUAGUUGAGAAACACUAAUCGGCACUUCUCAUGUUGUGUUUUCCAAUAUUUCACUACUUUGUUCCUGCACUGUGAUCGAGCCCCGGGGCUGAGCGGAGCCAUAUCAAGCUCCAGCAGUCAACAGACAACAUAAGUUGCCUAUCUCAUCUCCCAGCUCGUGGAGGGUGCGUGUGCCUGUGUUUGAGCGUGUGUGUAUGUGUGUGUGUGAGAAAUCUCUUGGUAUCUCUCCUAGCAGUCGUAGGCCUUUCAAGUGCAUGAGGCAAUAUCACACAAUACUUGCAGGAGGAGGAGAGAGAUGCAAGUGAACUAUCAGAAUAAAAAAGUACUGGGUUGACAGAGAAUGCCUUUAAAUCUAUUGAUUCAGUCUGCUUUCUGUUUGUUGUUUGAUACAGAUGCUAUGUAAAAAAAUAAAAAAAAGAAUUGUAAUGCUGAUAUAAAAUUUAUAAUCUGA